CACCAUAGCUGACGCCCCCGUCCGCCUCUCAUUCAUCCCUCUCCUCCUUCAUGUGCUUACCUCAGCCUGUCUCCGUUACUUACCCUCCAGUCCUUCGUCUUCAUAUUCCGUCUCAUAUUCCCUCGUAGCCCCACCAUACUUACCAUUCCUCUUCACUCCUCUUGACUCCUUCUCUUCUCUCGUGGUCCGUCGCACAAUCCAUUCCGAUCUCAUCCGAACCCUACCCCCACUCUAUCUAUCUCAGCCACGAAAUCCCCACUCCUCAUCGCCGGAAACACCCGAGGUGAAAGGUUUGAGGUUCAGAAGGCACUACUCCUCGUCGCUUUAACCACUACGUCACAGUGAAGUAUGUGUUCUCGAGUGUAGAAAAUGGCUGCUGCGCUCACCGUAAAAACGGGAAGGCGCCAAUGUAAAUACGGCCUGGUAUGGCUCAGUGUUUUUUUUAUCGUCGCGAGAAAUAUUGGGGUGGCAGGCAUCACAUGCUACUGCGACGGACACUGUCCGGAUGAUCGUCAGAAUGGCACGUGUGAGGGUCGCCCCGGUGGCCACUGUUUCUCGGCUGUCGAGGAAGUAUUUGACCGUGAACUCGGGGAGUGGGUGCCGGAGUUUUCAUUCGGUUGUCUGCCACCCGACGAGCAAGGCUUCAUGCAGUGCAAGGGCAACCUUGUGCCGCACCUAAGAUCAAAAACGAUCAUUUGCUGCAACAAUACGAACCUAUGCAACAAGGACAUCUUCCCAGAGUAUACGCAGCGCCCGACCCCGGCGCCGGAUCCAAUUGCAUUGGCCUCAGGGGCACCUCUGAUUGUCCUCGCAGCGUGUCUCUCCAUAUGCCUUAUCGUGUUCUCUAUCGCUAUGAUCAUCAUCUAUAGAAGGUAUAGGAGGAAGGAGCGGGGUCCCUGUCUGGUACCAUCGUCGGGAACUUUGAAGGACUUAAUUGAUCAGAGCAGUGGAUCAGGAUCAGGUCUUCCUCUUUUAGUCCAGAGAACAAUUGCCAAGCAACUGGCGUUGUCCCAGUGCGUGGGAAAGGGUCGGUAUGGAGAGGUGUGGCUAGCAAGGUGGAGAGGUGAAAAGGUAGCUGUAAAGGUAUUCUUUACUCUGGAGGAGGCCUCUUGGUUCAGAGAGACAGAGAUCUAUCAGACUGUCCUCAUGAGGCACGACAAUAUCCUCGGAUUCAUCGCUGCUGAUAUUAAGGGAACUGGCUCUUGGACCCAGAUGCUGCUGAUCACGGAUUAUCAUGAGAGGGGUUCCCUUCAUGAUUAUCUCCAGACGACUGUUCUUGAUCAACCGAGCUUACUCGCUAUUUGCCUGAGCAUUGCCAGUGGAAUUGCUCAUCUCCAUACUGAGAUUUUUGGUACGAGAGGCAAGCCUGCUAUUGCUCACAGAGAUAUCAAGAGCAGGAAUAUUCUGGUGAAGAGGAACGGAGAAUGCGCUAUUGCGGACUUUGGUCUGGCUGUUAGAUUUAUAAGUGAGAGCGGAGAAAUAGAUAUUGCCCCCAACACGAGAGUUGGCACCAGGCGAUACAUGGCACCGGAGGUGCUAGACGAGAGCUUAAAUACAUCGUCAUUUGAUGCCUUCAAAAUGGCAGAUAUGUAUUCGGUGGGGCUAGUUCUGUGGGAGAUCUGCAGGAGGUGCGUUACCGGGGGACGAGUCUCAACCGCUGAGCCCUAUGCCUUGCCCUACCACGAUGUGGUCCCGAGUGAUCCUGAUUUCGAGGACAUGAGAUUGGCUGUGUGUGUCAAGAGGUUACGACCUGUUGUACCUAUCAGAUGGGAAAAUGAUCCAAUUCUCUUCGCCUUGAGUAAAAUAAUGACUGAAUGCUGGCACGGUAAUCCAGCAGUUCGUCUGACAGCCUUGCGAGUGAAGAAGUCAAUGUCAAAGCUACAUAUUGACAAUGCCAUCAAAAUAGUUUAGUCCUCGACGAUAGAAAAUCCAUCAAUUAUCAUUAAUUCUUACUACUGUACAUAAUUCCUGAGAGAUAAUUUUUCGGUCUGUUGAACACUCCCCGUGUAAAUAGCCCCUCCUCGAUUUCCCCGGUGUACAUAAGGUUAAUAACAGACUGCAGCCAGAAGAAGACUGAAGAUUUAUGAGAAAAAAAAAUCCAUAAUAAAGGGAAAAAAUAGGAAUGAGUGAUCUGAGAUGUUGGGUGUGAUAAUAAGGCAAUGGAUAUCAUGAAAUUGUUCUCUUUUGAAUUGAGAAGACGAUUGUAAAUAAAUAAUUCGGUAGACGAGUGGUAAAAAAGGGUGUUAGGUGCUGAGUUAUUUGAGGGGUGUGGAAAUAUCCGUUUCUACCAAGGAAAUCUACAUUGUUUUUGGAUUUUUACCACUUGAUGACUGAAUUGAAUUUCUAAUUGAGAAUUAAAUUUUAUUUUCUCAGUUUUGGGAACGAGAAAGUAAUAGUUUGGCAUAUCUGUAAAUGAAUAAUGAGAAUGUGACGUGAAAAUUAGAACAAUUUUGGUUAAUUGUUGCGAGAUAAUUACGAUUGAUUGAAUUAACGGUCCGAGUUUUCCUUUCGAGCCUAUAAAUGCCAAUUACUCGAUUGGCAGUUGUUAAUUAUGUUAAUAAUUUUCUUCUUUCUUAACAAAGGAGAGAACCAUCUUUUUGUAUUUAUAGACAUAGAAAAAUUGAUUACGCUAAAUUAAUGAGCUCGACAUGAAUAGUGACAUACACAAUAGUUGAACAACGCAUUGAAAAUAUGGACAAAUCAAUGAACGAUGGAUACUUGGAACCGAGAAUAAUCAAAUUAUAUUUUUAACGAGUAUUAAAGAAUAUAAAUUUUUUCAAACAA